AUGUCUUCGAGUCAGCAAAGCGUCUCAGCUGCAUCCUCACGAGCCGCUGUGAAACCACAACAUGCUUUUGCGUGUGUAUUGUGCCAGCAGCGCAAAGUCAAAUGUGACCGCAAGUUCCCCUGUGCCAGCUGCCUCCGGGCCGGGGCGCAGUGCGUGCCCACUCUGGCCCCGCGGCCUCGGCGUCGCAGGUUUCCCGAACGUGAGCUUCUGGAGCGUCUGAGGCGGUAUGAGAGUUUGCUUCGCCAACAUAAUAUACCGUUUGAGCCUCUACAUACGUCUGUGGAUGAGAAGGGGUCUCGGGAAGAGGGGAGUAGAGAUACUGGCUCUGUAGAUGAUGCGGGUUUGCAAGGCCCGAGCUCUGAGGGAGCCCGAAUGUCGGAGGGGAUAACCGCCAAGCCGGAGCCAGUAUACAAGGCUAGGAGUUUCUGGAAUGUCAUGAAUCAAAUGUCUCUAGAUACUGAAGACGACAACGAUGAUGGUAGUGACAAUGAAAAUGAUGGCAAUCGCUCCCACAACACUGUACACGAGGCUGUGAUCAAGAGGACUUGGGACCAGGUAUACAAUAAUAAGGAUCAGAACCUUCUCUUUGGGUCACGCAAGUCCAACGUCGACCUUUCUACUCUGCACCCUAAUCAAGCCCACAUCUUCAAGCUCUGGCAAAUAUACCUGGAAAACGUUGAUCCCUUGCUUAAAGUCACGCACACUCCGACUCUACAGACGCGCAUAAUUGACGCUGUUGGUGAUCUGGGGGAUAUUAGCCCAACACUGGAAGCACUUAUGUUUAGUAUCUAUAGCGUUGCUAUCAGGAGUCUCGUUGAUGAGGAAUGUCAAACCUUGAUUGGGGCCGCGAAGAAAGAAAUUCUGAAAGGCUAUCAGUUCGGGUGUCAGCAGGCUUUGCUUAAUUGUGAUGUCUUGCGCUCUGGUAAUCGCGACUGCUUGACGGCGUUGUUGCUCUACCUGAUAUCUGUCAGAUCUGAAACAGAUCCGCGAUCCUUAUCUUCAAUGCUCGGUGUUGCUAUUCGAAAUGCGCAACGCAUGCAUAUCGACAACGAAUCCGCUAAUGCUAAAUACCCUGCCCUCGAGGGUGAGAUGCGACGAAGGCUAUGGUGGUCGCUGAUCUUGUUCGACAACCGCAUCGGCGAAAUGUCAGAGCACAAGACCUCCAUGUUAAUACCGACUUGGGACUGCAGGACUCCACUCAACGUGAACGAUUUCGAUCUGCAACCAGAGAUGAAGGACGCAACAGCUGCCCACGUGGGACCUACCCAAGCCCUUUUCGUGGUCGUGCGUAGCGAACUGGGGGAGUUUAUACGGCAUAGCACCUUUCAUCUUGACUUCACCAGUCCGUCUUUGAAGACAAUUGCCAAGGGCCGGAAAGGCGAUGCAGUGAGCGCGCUAGAAAGAAGCAUCGAGGAUAAAUACCUCCGACACUGCAACCCGGAGAAUGCCCUUCACUACAUGACCAUCUGGACGAUGCGUGGAUUCCUAGCAAAGUACCUCCUGCUCGAACAUUACUCAAAGUACUCUCCCGCACAGCAAACAGACGAACAACGCAACACCGCAAGCAUCUACGCAUUACGCAUGAUUGAAUGCGAUACCAAGCUGAUGACCUCACCCCUCACGAAACGAUACAUCUGGCAUGUACAUCUCUUCUUCCCAUUCCCGGCAUACCUACACAUCAUCCAGGCCAUUAAGAAGCGACCCACCGGGGAUCGUGCCGACAAGAUGUGGAAAGUCAUGAGCGAGAACUACGAGGCUCGCAUGGUGGAUGCGGAAACCCCCACUCCUUUUCUCACGCUUUUUGCACGAAUCGUCUUCCAAGCCUGGGAGGUCUAUGAAGCAGCACGGAGACAACUUGGUCAGACGGUCUCACCACCGGGGAUAGUGCUGCGGAUUCAAGCCAAGUUGGCAGAUGCAACGCCAGCCACGGAAGUGUCUAAUGCGGGGCAGCCCAGGGAUGAUGCCCUGGACAACCUCCAAGUUCCCACGUCAAUCGACCAAGGGAUCCAUGAUCCGUCAUACGGUAUGGAAGGGUUAGACGGAUACCCGGAUAUGUUCGAGCAAACGGCGAUGGAUAUCGACGCGUACCUGUCUGGUUGGCCGUCGAUGAACUUCUAUCCGAUAUGGUGAGGCUGGUGACGAGUGCAGCAGACAUACCAACUAUUGGCCGACUGCUUGUAGUUUUAUAACGUGUAUUUCCUCUGGUGAUAUAUUAAUUUAAUUGAUUCCUG